AUGGCGCCCAGAGUCUCAUCCAGAGCCGCUGCUCCGAAAGCCGCUGCUCCUAAAGCUGCUGCGGCACCGGCAUCAGCACCGAAGAAGUCGGUCGCUGCGCCGGCGCCUUUCGAGCAUCCAGCCGCCAGCCAUGCAAAGAAAAAGCGGCCCAGCGCAUAUGGCAUGCAGCCCAUAUCCGCGUUCUACCUCUUUUUCGGCGCCAACUUGAUCGCGGCCUUGUUUGCGCCAAUCCAGGAUUGCGACGAGACGUUCAACUACUGGGAACCCACCCAUUACCUCUCACAUGGCUACGGCCUGCAAACGUGGGAGUAUUCCCCGGACUAUGCCAUCCGAAGCUGGCUUUACAUAGCGCUUCAUGCUGUUGUGGGAAACAUCCGCAGGAUCCUGCCCCAAUCGAGCAAGGUUGCUGAGUUCUACUUUGUUCGCUACGGGCUGGCGCUCCUUUGCGCCAUCUGCCAGACCAUCAUGUUCCAGAGCAUCAGUCUAGCUCUAAAUGCUAGGAUUGGUGUUCUCUUCGUCAUCGCCACCAUUGUUAGCCCCGGGAACUUCCAUGCGAGUACCGCCUUUCUGCCCUCUAGCUUCGCCAUGUAUAUGGCAAUGCUUGGCGCUGCAUCGUUCAUGAACUGGCGCGGCGGUUUGAAGACCUGGCAAGGCAUGGCCUGGUUCGCUGUGGCAGGCAUCCUUGGCUGGCCAUUUGCCGCCGCCCUUUGUGCUCCGUACCUCCUUGAGGAGUUCAUUCUGGUCCUGUUUAGCGAUAGGAGCUCUCUGAUCGAAGCUGUGAUACGGUUUGGUCGCGGCGUCAUCGCUGCUGUCCUGGUAUUGGGCUUGGACUUCACCAUCAAUCUCUUCUUCUACAAGAAAUCGGUAGUUGUCGCCUGGAACAUUGUGAAAUACAACAUCUUCUCCAAAACAGGCGGGCCCGAUCUUUAUGGAACCGAGCCUUGGACAUUCUAUUUCAAGAAUCUGGCACUCAACUUCAACAUCUGGUUCAUCCUUGCCCUUCUGGUGCUGCCAUUGUUCAUUCUGCAGAAAACAUUCUCCUCUGCUUCACAAAGUCUGGCCAGCGGAUUACGCACCAUCGUUUUCAUUGCCCCCUUUUAUAUGUGGCUAGGAAUCUUUACCGCACAGCCACACAAGGAAGAGAGGUUCAUGUACCCGGCUUACCCUUUCCUGGCUCUCAACGCCGCGAUAUCGGUACACAUAAUUCUCCUAGCUCUCGGAACCGCAAACGCCAAGACAUUCGUCGGAAAGAUUCCGGGUCGUUUCAAGCUCCUCGUUGUCGGCCUCACCUUUCUGCUUUCAGUCAGCGUUUCCCUUGCCCGCAUUUACGGGGUUUACUCUGCGUAUUCAGCCCCUCUCAAAAUAUACUCGCCUCUUUGGGGGGACGAGUCAGGAAACACCUUUGGAGCAGAGGAAGACAACGUCUGCUUCGGCAAGGAGUGGUACCGCUUCCCAACAUCCUACUUCCUCCCUCGCAAUAUGCAUGCCAAGUUCCUGCGUUCUGAAUUCCGUGGUCUGCUGCCUGGCGAGUUUUCUGAAGCCGGGACUGGCUUCGGCUUCUGGAGCGGCACCUGGCUGCCCACCAAGGGUCUCAACGACCGCAACGAAGAAGAUCUCGGAAAAUACGUCGAGCCUCGAAUGUGCUCUUUCUUGGUAGACACCCAGUACCCCGAGCGGAAGACGUCGCUGUCGGCCAAGGAGCCGGACUACAUUGCCGACAAGAACCACUGGGAAGUCGUCAAGUGCGUUCCUUUUCUCGAUGCCGCCAGCACCCAUCUUCUGGCACGAACGCUUUGGGUUCCGGACAUCGAAGCCAUUCCGGAGCAAUACAGGCGCAAGUGGGGACAGCACUGUCUACUUCAGCGCAAGAGAAGGGGUCAAGACGCCGGUAUGUGGGUAGCACCUGGACAGAUGAUGAUGGGCUGA